UGAAGAUGAUUUAAGAUUCUGAAACUCACCUUCCAUCUCAUUUAAACUAAAUACAGGAGUCAUUUGUUUUGGGGGAAUGCCUGAGAAAAUGGCUUGUUUUCAAUAUAUAGUAGCUGCUCUAUGCUUUGCAGUUUUACUUGAGGGAUCGUUAUCAAAAGCUCAACUGACCCCGACAUUUUACGAUGAAACAUGCCCAAACGUGACAGCCAUUAUCCGACAUGUGCUCGUGAAUGCUUCGUUUUCAGAUCCAAGGAUUGGUGCCAGUCUCAUCAGGCUUCACUUCCAUGAUUGUUUUGUUCAAGGAUGUGAUGCGUCGAUUUUAUUGGACGAUCCUGUAAAUGGUGAGAAAGAAGCUAUUCCAAAUAAUAAUUCAGCUAGGGGUUAUGAAGUUAUUGAUGCCAUGAAGGCUGCCUUAGAGAGUGCUUGCCCCAACACUGUUUCCUGCGCUGAUAUUCUCGCUAUUGCAUCUGAGCAAUCUGUCAGCACUCUGGCAGGCGGUCCUUCAUGGGCAGUUCCACUAGGAAGAAGGGAUGGGUUCACAGCAAACCGGACACUCGCCAACUCAAACUUGCCAGGUUUCAACAAUACUCUCGACCGAUUAAAGAACAGGUUUAGCAAUGUGGGGCUUAACACCAGCAUUGAUCUAGUAGCCUUGUCUGGUGCUCACACAUUUGGCAGAGCUCAGUGUUUAACUUUUACCAGUCGAUUGUACAAUUUUACGGGAGUGGGUGAUACAGAUCCGACCUUGAACACCACAUACUUGGAAGAACUACGCCAAAUAUGCCCACAGGGUGGAAAUAGUAGUGUGUUGACAAAUCUUGAUCCCACAACACCUGAUGGUUUCGACAAUAACUACUUCACGAAUCUACAAGUUAAUCGAGGCUUGCUUCGAAGCGAUCAGAAUUUAUUUUCGACUGAGGGUGCUGAUACAAUUGAAAUUGUGAAUAGGUUUAGUAGUAAUCAAACAGCUUUCUUCGAAAGCUUUGUGGAAUCUAUGAUCAGAAUGGGAAAUAUAAGCCCUUUAACUGGUACGGAAGGAGAAAUUAGAUCAAAUUGCCGCGCCGUGAAUUCAGCAACUAUCAGAUCCAACUCAGAUGCUGCUCUCGUCAGCUCAAUAUAAUAUUUGCUGAACUGAAGGCUAAGAAAAAUGGGCAGAAGAGAAGCUAUUUUCCUACUCAAAAUCAAAACGAAUAAUAUAUUGUAACUCUUUAAUGCCUACAAUAAAACCCUACGACGUUUGUUGAUUUACAAAAACUAUUUUCUGUAACUUUUUGUGUUUAUUACUUAGAAGUUAAUAUAAAAUAAGUUUAAGAGUUGAAA